GCAGCGACGCUGUAGGGAGCAUCCGUUUUCCAAGAGUUGUCGUCCUUGACAAACGCUGCAGUACGAAAAGAGCUACCAACAAGCUUAACAGAAUCAUGUCCAUCACAAUGUGGUACAUGACAGUGGUCCUGUUGUGUUCAGUGGUUCAGCACUGCCACACUGAAGUCAGGAUGGAUACAGAUGACUGGAUCGAUCCAUAUGACAUGGUAAACUUCAACCAUGACACUAUGACAAUGAAGGGGAAACAAGAGGGUGGUACACCACAGGCAAACCACAAUCAAGAUCAAGGUCAAAGACAGGUCCCAAAGAAAGAUGAAUCAAUCACCCAAGAGACAGAGUCAGAAGCAUCCAAAAUGGUGGAGGAUGCUGAGCGAUCAAAGGGAGAUAAUCCUGGUACCUGCUCCCAGCCACCUUCCCCCUGUCCAGCUUUGUUUAGGCAGUAUGUGAAGUCACUGCUGUUUCACAUGAAGGGAAAGGUUGCCUCUGGUGUGGAAGAGCUCAAUAUACGAGUAAAGGUCAGUGCAACUGAGGUCGAGUACCUGGAACAGUACACCUCCUCGUCAUCAGAACAGAACUUUCACCGAGUCCAUGAGAUCCUCAGCUCAAUGGUGCAGCAUGUGUCUGAGGUUUCACAAGAUGAUCCAUCUGUACGCAGGCUGUGGAUCGAAAAUGUCAUUGGGAUGCAAGUUGAAAAGUUUGUUAUGUUCGCUCUUCUGGCAGCUGCGUUGGUCACUGGAAUGUUGGUUGCUGCCCGACUACACUUUUCCUGGAAGAAGCUGUCUAUGAAACUUAUUUUUGUUUUGUUUGUCUUGAGUACUGUCUGGCAGUGGGUUGAACUAUACAAGAUCGAAGAGGCAAAGCAGCACAUGGCAAUCAUGAAGGAAAUGCCAGAAGGAUGUCGUAAGCGAGAGAGGGAUGAGGACUUCAUGUCCACAGUUAUGAGAACACUUUCUUCAACUUUUACAUUUGAGAAGGAUGAUUGCUUAAAAUACUAUGAGCAUCACCUGAUUGCACCUUUAUGGAGAGCCACCCCCACGCAGGCACUGUCAAGAACAUUUAUCCGUUUCUUUGUCAGCCCAUUGCAAGACAUAGGUGAGGCAUUGCGAGAAUUCUUGGUAGGAUUACUGAAAGAUCUUCCAGCUCAGCUUUGGCCUGUGGCUUUAGGAGGAGUGGCCCUCUUCUUCUUCCUCUUCCUGUUUAUGUAUUUCCGCUACAGUGUCAGGCUGCCAUUUUGGCUUCUUUCCAUUGAGCCAGGACAAAGGGAGGAUAACUCUAAUGUUCAGUUAGCAUUACAAGAACAGGGAAAAGAGCUAAAAGCACUAAAAGAGGCCCAUAGCAGUCAAAUGAACGAGAUUAUGGAUGUUUUGAAAAAAGACCAACAAGCCCUGGAGCAACAGUUAGCCAAUCAGGAGACCAUUCUGUCUUUACCUGAUGUAAGGAGAAUGGUGCAGGUGCCCCCUGAGAAACAGGGGGCAGAGGUGAUGGCAAGUCGCUCUUACCCGAUGAUUGCUGGUGGUGAUAGAAAGCCAGAUUUGACAGGAGUAGAGGAUCAGAGCAAUCAAGUAUUUUGUGCAGCUGGUGGACCCGAACCUCAAGAACAACUGAAUAUUUCUGGAGACUCGGAGAUAAAAAAUGUUCAGUUAGCGUUACAAGAACAGGGAAAAGAGCUAAAAGCACUAAAAGAGGCCCAUAGCAGUCAAAUGAACAAGAUUAUGGAUGUUUUGAAAAAAGACCCACAAGCCCUGGAGCAACAGUUAGCCAAUCAGGAGACCAUUCUGUCUUUACCUGAUGUAAGGAGAAUGGUGCAGGUGCCCCCUGAGAAACAGGGGGCAGAGGUGAUGGCAAGUCGCUCUUACCCGAUGAUUGCUGGUGGUGAUAGAAAGCCAGAUUUGACAGGAGUAGAGGAUCAGAGCAAUCAAGUAAUUUGUGCAGCUGGUGGACCCGAACCUCAAGAACAACUGAAUAUUUCUGGAGACUCGAGAUAAAAGAUGAUUUGAAACUGAAGCCUUCAGAUACAGAAUCAUUUGAGGAAAUCACUAUCGAAAACAUUGGUCCAAGGGACAGUUAAUAAGGUGUUCAUGUUUAGUAGUUUUUGCUGUUAUUAUUAACACAUUACACGUGUCAUCAUGACAUUUUACACUGUACAAGUGGCUUGAGAAUGAAAUUUUCAGACAAUUGGGUCAGAUAAAAUUAGGAUUCUGUCUCCCCCUGAUGAAGUAUUACAGUAAUACAUCAGGACUGAAAUAUAGAAACUGAAGCUUGAGUUUGGUGGCAAGACAAUGUCAAUCAGGCUCUAUGAAUGGAACCUCAUCUUAAAGGACUCAUCAUUCAUUUAAAUAUUUGCUCUCACUUAGUGGGUAUAUGUUUAAUGAUUUCAUGAAAUCUUGCCUCAUUUAGUAUCGUAGUACUGUAUAUUUAUUGACAAAACCUUUUAAAAACCCAGAUUCACAGGUAAAAUUGGUUCCCAGUAACCUGUGCCUGUCUUAUGAGGCAACUAAACAACUUGAUAGUCAAGCUUAGUGACUUAUUUUAUUGCUUUCAAUCGGUCAUAUAUUGCAGUUGCUUGGAUCUGUUCCUAUGCAGUGAAUCACAGGAGUGUUAGGUCUACACUUGGGUUAUUUUUUCAAGCUUCUGUGUAUAGAGUGGAUCAAGUUCAGUCAAGACAGUUGAUCAUUGCUGAUCCUUUAGUCACUUGUUUGUUUGGUUAAAACUAAGCUACAUACAUCCCGUGAUAUUGCUGAAAUUUUGCUUGCUAGAAGACAAUAUAUCUGUAUUCACUCAGUUUUACAUAAGAAACAUAAGUGGUCUCUUAGAGUAUUGCUGGUUUGAUGAAAAAAAUUAGAAAAUUAAAAAGAUAAGAGACUCAGUUGCAUUGCACGAUGUGAGGUUCUGAGGCAUCAGAUCCAUGAUUCAAAAUAAUACAUUGUUACAAAAAGGCAAAACAGUUUGAACUUUUAGUGAUAUGGUUAUAGAAUUACUUAAGAUGACAAAUUGUCACUCUUGGCUUUAGUCAACUGUACAGUGUGGAGAGUCUUGCAAUGAUACUUCUAGUGUGUUAAUAUUGUAAGCAACCUUUGUGUUAUUGGAUGAAUAUAAUAUAUUCUUUUUCAAACACAACAAAAACAAUGCCUGUUAUUACAUUUUUGGAAACAUUUCAAUCUUGAAGUGCAUUUUGAUUGUCUUUCAAUCUGUCUGUGAUAACCUCCUAAGAAACCCAGUUUCUCUCUGUGUCAACAUCAGUGUCAAAACCUCAGUCCUCUCUGAGCAUAGUUGAUGCAGGGUGCCGUUGUUCAGAGUGAACAAGAAUAGAACCAUACAAACAGGAAUGGAAUUGUGUACAGGAACUGACUUUGGAACAGGUCCCCUUUCCACCAAGCAAUGUUGCUGCUCAGGUGAUCAGAACUCCCAUACUUAACAUAGGCUUUUGACAGACGUAGCACUAAGGUUGUUUUGUACAACAGCGCCAAGGAAUAUUGUCUGUGUUGUACAUGUAAUGGUUACCUUGGAGUUGAUAUUAUUUCAUGGUGCUGUCAACCUGUGUCAACCUGUGAGACAAGGAUGUCUGAGCUGUUAAGGCCAGUUCAACCUGGAUCCUUCCGAAUAUGUUGUGUAUGAAAUGGUUACUUUAGAGUGAAUGUUGUUUUACUUGUAUUUAUCCAUAUUCAGACAGAAUCAUGCUUGUGUUUUAACAUACACAAAUGGGUGUCGUUUGAAUUGUCCAUUGUUACAUUUCAGUGGGGAACAAGUGAAAAUUAUUCCUCCCUGUCCGACUGCCUUGAAGUAACUUCUGAACAUAUUAUCAUCUGUAUUUUGAUAGUCAGUGAAGUGGUGCUGAAUUAAAACAUUAUUUGGCUUAACAGCA